AUGCCAGGCAAAUUGGGCAGUAAUUCCAAAAAGAUAGCAUUUAUCCAUCCAGAUCUUGGAAUUGGUGGAGCUGAAAGAUUAGUCGUUGACGCAGCCGUAGGUUUACAAGAACUUGAAAAUGAAGUCAUAAUUUAUACUUCUCAUUGCGAUAAGAAGCAUUGCUUUGAAGAAGUCAGUUCCAAUUUAUUGAAUGUUGAGGUUUAUGGUGACUUUUUUCCAACUAAUAUUUUGAAGAGGUUUCACAUACUAUUUGCUAUUAUCAGACAAUUUUAUUUGGUACUUGCGUUAAUCAUUACUGGUAAAAUAAAACAGUAUGACUACUUCAUAGUUGACCAAUUAUCCUUUUGUAUCCCAUUGUUAUGCUGUUUUAGUAGACCUGAUUGCAAAAUUUUAUUCUAUUGUCAUUUCCCCGAUCAAUUACUAGCAUUAAAGGGUGGUCUUCUUAAGAGGUUUUAUAGGAUACCGUUUGAUUUUAUUGAGGAAUGGACCACUGGUAUAAGUGACCAAAUAGUCGUUAAUUCUAACUUUACCAAAGGUAUUUUCCAUAAAACAUUUAAGGGGUUAAAUAAUAUAGACCCGGGCGUUAUUUAUCCAUGUGUUGACCUUGCCUCUGCGACUGAUACUGACGAAGAUAAGUUGAUGGAUAAAGAGGUGAAUGAAUUCUUUAAGAAUGGUAAGUUUUUUCUUUCUAUUAAUAGGUUUGAACGAAAGAAGAAUAUUGACUUAGCCGUUAAAUCAUUUGCUAAGUUCAAGGCACAAUUACCUAAAAACGUUUCAGAAGAUAACAAAGUGAAACCAAGAUUGGUCAUCGCUGGGGGAUUUGACCCCAGAGUCGUUGAAAACGUGGAAUAUUUACAAGAGUUAAAUAGUUUAGCAGAGCUGUUGGAUUUGAAAUGUUUCACUAUUAGAGGCAAAUUACUAAUAAUACCACCUGCUACUGAUGUAUUAUUUUUACCAUCUAUUAAGUCAUCAUUAAAGAAAUCUUUGAUUAAAAAUGCUGAAUUAUUAUUAUACACACCUUCUUUCGAACAUUUUGGAAUUGUUCCCGUCGAAAGUAUGCUUUUUAAAACCCCUGUAUUGUCUGUUAAUAAUGGUGGUCCUUUGGAGUCUAUUGUUCAUUUUACUUCUGAUAAUAUUGAGACAGCGACAGGCUACUCUCAAGAACCUAACGAUGAAUUGUGGUCAAGAACGAUGUUUGCAUUUUACUCUGAACUAGACGAAGCUACAAAGAUAAAGUUGGGCGAAAAUGGAUUGAGUAGAGUUGAUGAAUUAUUCCUGAGACAACAGAUGAGUGAAGCAUUCAUGCAAAACUUGAUUCAAAGUAAUUCAAAGGAUGAAGAGAAAGGAAUUUUAUAUGGGGUUCUAAAAUUAUGGAGAAUUGAAUUGCUAUUGGUUCUUAUUAGUUAUUAUUUGGUAAGAUUAUAUAAAUAG